UCCCUGAUUCGCCCCCUCCCGUGACAGGCGCAUCUGUCUUCCUCCCUCCCGGCCCCGGCUCGUCGCCUCCCACCGCGGCACAUCCGCCGCCGCCGCCGCAGCUCCUCCGCGUGCUCUUGGGCGAGAGCUCCCCACUCGCCGUCUCCCGCCGCCGCGCGUCUUCGGCCAGGUUGAAGAUGGACGCAGCCGGCAGAGAUGCAAACCCAUUGAAAGGCUACCGCAUCGGCAAAACCUUGGGCAUUGGGUCCUUUGGCAAAGUGAAGAUCGCGGAGCAUAUAAUUACAGGCCACAAGGUGGCAAUCAAGAUCCUCAAUCGCCGGAAAAUCAAAAGCAUGGAGAUGGAAGAGAAAGUGAAAAGAGAAAUCAAGAUCCUGAGAUUAUUUAUGCAUCCCCAUAUCAUACGGCUUUAUGAGGUGAUAGAUACACCAGCUGAUAUAUAUGUUGUUAUGGAGUAUGUCAAAUCUGGAGAGUUGUUUGAUUACAUUGUCGAGAAGGGAAGGUUGCAAGAGGAGGAAGCUCGUCGCUUUUUCCAGCAAAUUAUAUCUGGUGUGGAAUAUUGCCAUAGAAAUAUGGUGGUUCACCGUGAUCUGAAGCCAGAGAACCUUCUGUUGGAUUCGAAAUGCAAUGUUAAGAUUGCAGAUUUUGGCUUAAGUAAUGUUAUGCGUGAUGGUCACUUUCUGAAGACUAGUUGUGGUAGCCCGAAUUAUGCAGCACCCGAGGUGAUAUCAGGUAAACUAUAUGCUGGCCCUGAAGUUGAUGUUUGGAGCUGUGGUGUUAUUCUUUAUGCUCUUCUUUGUGGUACUCUUCCAUUUGAUGAUGAGAAUAUACCAAACCUUUUUAAGAAAAUAAAGGGUGGAAUAUACACCCUUCCUAGUCACUUGUCUCCUUUAGCAAGAGAUUUAAUCCCCAGAAUGCUGGUCGUUGAUCCUAUGAAGAGGAUCACCAUACGUGAAAUCCGUGAACAUUCGUGGUUCAAAGCUCGACUUCCACGCUAUUUGGCUGUGCCUCCUCCAGACACUGCACAGCAAAUUAAAAAGCUGGAUGAUGAAACUCUUAAUGAUGUUAUCAAGAUGGGAUUUGAUAAGAUUCAGCUAACUGAGUCUCUUCAAAAGAGAUUGCAAAAUGAGGCCACAGUUGCAUAUUAUUUACUCUUGGACAAUAAGCUUCGUACAACCAGCGGCUACCUUGGAGCUGAGUAUCAAGAAUCGAUGGAUUCAUCUUUCUCUCAAAUUUCCCCUGAAACACCAAAUUCUGCAUCUGAAGCUCGGCAGUUUGGUUCUCCUGCAUUUGGCUUGAGGCAACAUUUUGCAGCCGAGAGAAAAUGGGCUCUUGGUCUCCAGUCUCGAGCACAUCCACGAGAAAUUAUAACCGAAGUGCUUAAAGCUCUUCAAGAGCUAAAUGUUUGCUGGAAGAAGAUUGGGCACUAUAACAUGAAGUGCAGGUGGAAUCCUGGCUUUGUCGAGAAUAUGAUGCAUAACAACCAUGGCUUCGGUGUGGAGUCUGCCAUAAUUGAAAGUGAUGACCUCAGUGAGAAGUCAACCCACAUUGUGAAGUUUGAAAUCCAGCUUUACAAAACAAGGGAUGAGAAAUAUCUUCUGGACUUGCAAAGGGUUAGUGGACCACAGCUCCUGUUUCUGGACCUGUGUUCUGCCUUUCUAACUCAGCUGAGAGUCCUUUGAUUUUGAAGACGGCGACUUCCCAACUGCUGUGAGUCUUUUACCAAACCAGCAGCAUCCUGUGAAUUGCCACGUUUCAAUCCAGAUGUACAUAAAGAUCAUAAUCCUCCAGUAGACUCUACUCCUGGGUUAUGUAGACACUACAGGCCCACGCUAUUUCAUUUUGAUGGAUAACGACUUAUUUACUAACCAGAGGUGGCAGGCAAGAGGCAACUUCCUCUGCUUGCUACUAAUGGUGCUGACUUUUGUAGCCCUAUAUUUAGUCCUUGGACAUUUUUGCUUGGUAAUGAUCUAUACUAGCAUAAUGCGUAAUGCCAGCCCAAGAGUAACCUCGAUUGUAUUAUAAAAGUUGAGCUCAUGUAACUGCUGACUCUGACCUGCACUUCAUGAUUGUUGAUCUCAGCAAUAUACUUCAAGUUGGGCCAUUGUU